AUGGCCGACAGUGAUUUGCAUAUUGCAGACGAAGUCUUGAACGAAGGACAAGGACUAGAAGGUGUUAAUACUAUCGGUAAAAAAGGAGAAGAGGAGGAACAUCCUUGGCCAUAUUUGAAGUCAAUGUUUCGCUACAAUGGAAGAGUGGAAAGAGAGAACAAGAGCAUCAAAUUCAUAUGUUGCCUUUGCUCGCCACUUGUUAGAGAGAUAUCUGCGUUCAUUUCUUCGCCUUCAAACCUAAGAAAACAUGUACAGGUAAGCUGUUUUAUGCCUUUGUCUGUUUGGUAAUGGUAGGGUUCUAAAAACUUGAAAUUGCCACCCGGGAAUUCAUCGGAUGUAGUGUAGUGCAGUUGACAAAUACAUUUCUAUACAAAUAAUCAUGUAAAAUAUCUAAAUAUGUUCCUCACCGGAGGGUGCGGAUAGAAAUUGGAAUAGCCCAAUGUGCGGUUACGUUAAAUUUCAACGAAGUUUUAAAAAGGAAACUAGGUUUGUGUUCAGGUCAAUGUAUGUAUGUAAUGUUUGUGUGUCAUUGUGUGUGUUGGGGAGGGUGUGUGUGGAGGGGUGGAAUAUAAAUGAUAUAUUGCAAGAAUGGUCCCCAGCUAUAAAAUUUAACUACCCUAAAACUCCGAUUAUAAGCCCUGGGCUUAUAUCAGUUUGUAAGUGUUUUUUUGAUGAGCUUACACACAGGAAGGCGCUUAUAUUCGGGGGUGGGGCUUAUACAUGAACGACCAAGUAUUUUUAUUACUAAUUAUAGACCUGCAUGUAUAUUGGUUAAAAACUUAUAUUGUGGUUAUAAACCUGUAUAUUUAUUGUUAAUUAUAUAUCUGUUUAGUGGGCUUAUAUUGGAGGCGGGGCUUAUAUUAGGGGGGUGAUUAUUCUUGGAGUUGAACAUUAGUAAUGUGAUGGGCUUAUAGACGGGGGGCUUAUAUUCGGGAGAAGGCUUAUAAUCGGAGGUUUACGGUAAUUGGUAUAGAAGUGUUACAACUAGCUGUUCUCCUAGAUGUGACAAAAAAAAUUUUAGAACUUAUUUGAAACUUGUGUUUUAAUGGUUUAAUAUUAAUUCCCAAAAAGGCUAUUUCAAGGUGUCCAAAUUGUAAAUAUUUAAUCAUUGCUUUACUUUUAAUGUACUUGGAUUGCAGAGGCAACAUCCACAUCAUCUGAAGCGCUACACAGAACUGACCAGUUUGAAAAAAAGGCAAAAAAGGGCUAGGGAGUCAGAGCCAUGUACAUCAAGUAACCCACCAGCAAAGCAGUUACGUAUUUAUGAGUGUAAAACCAACACAGUGUCGCAAAAAAAAGUGGACAGGUUUAUACUAAAUUUCAUCACUGAGGGCUUGCAGCCUUUCAGUAUUGUUGGCUUGUCUGCAUUCAAAGAACUGGUGACCAGCCUUUCUCCUGGAAAGACGGUAAUGUGUCGUGAAACUGUGAAAAAUCGUCUGAAAAUUUGUGCUACAGACAUGAAGCACCACCUUUGUGAAACCUUCGAGUCUGUCAUGACUGUCGCAACAACCACAGAUUGUUGGUCAGCCAGGGGGAAAUCGUACAUUGGUGUCACUGCCCAUUGGAUCAACGCAGGUGACAUGAAGAGAAUUUCUGCAGCGUUAGCUUGUCAGCGGCUUAAAGGAUCGCACACAUUUGAUGUCCUUGCAAGUGCCCUUGAAAACAUCCACAAUGACUAUGGUAUCGGAAACAAGAUAUGCAAGACCACCACAGACAAUGGUUCUAAUUUUAUAAAGGCUUUCUCUUUAUUUGGGACUGACAAUGUCACAAACACUAAUGAAAUGGAGGUCAACAAUGAGGAUGACGAGGACGAGGUAUCCGAUGAAUCAGAUGAUGUUAUGUAUCACAAUAUCACAAAGCAUCUGGAUGAAGACAGCGAACAUGAAGAUUACGACCUUCCCAGUCAUCAGCGAUGCGCUUGCGACACAUUGCAGCUCAUAGCAACAGGUGAUGCAGACCAAGCUGAAGAAAAUGCUACGUAUAAGAAAUUUUCUCGUUCAGCCUUCGCAAAGUGCCAGGCACUUUGGAAUUUAUCGUCACGAUCAGUGCUUGCAGCUGAGGCUGUCCAAUCGAAGUGUGGCAUAGCAUUGAUCAAACCAAAUAAAACGCGGUGGAAUUCGGUUUACCGGGCAGUUGAACGACUGGUUCGAAUCAUUAAGGAAAGAGGAGAAGAAUCUCUUCAGUCACUGUGUAAUGAGUUGAAACUACCAAGGUAACAGUUUGAUUGCUGCUUUUGAAUUUUGGAUAAGCAGUCAUGUACAUUUAGGUUAGUACAGUUCAGGCGUAGUAAUAAUAAAGAUAAAUUUUUGAACAAUUGUUUUCAACAUUUCAGAUUCAAAGCUGGUGAAAUUCGCUUUCUUCAAGAGUAUUACAAGUCCAUGCAGCCUUUUGCCCAGGCAUUGGACAUCCUGCAAGCUGAAGACAAAGCUUACAUGGGUUACCUCCUUCCCGUACUGUACAUGCUGCAAGACAAGCUAAAAAAGAAACGAGAUGAAAUGGAUACUUGCGCUCCUCUAAUUGAUGCAUUGCAAGCCGGAAUUACUCGUCGCUUUUCAGCAGUAAUGCAGGAACCAGAAAUGGUCGCUGCUGCUAUUCUCCAUCCUAAAUUCCGAAAAACGUGGACAAACGACACAACUGUUUUGGAGAAAGGUAAUUAAUAUUUUUAUUGCAUACAAAUCUUCCUCGGAAAUGAGACCGUAAAUUUCCUUGUCUAUUUUAAUUUUAGGCAUGGUGUACAUAAAGAGGAAAUUAACCAAAAUACAAUCUACGGAACGCACUACAUCAGUAGAGUCAGCUGGUAUUGCGUCGGAUGUAGGGGAUGACGAUGCUUUCUUUUUUCCACAAAAGAGGCAAUCAUCUUCUGGUCGUUCUGGACUACUACAGCUGGAGGAAUACUUGUCUAGUCAGUCAACCGAGACAUCUUCCAUUACCACGUGGCCUCUCUUAAAAGAUCUUUUCAUAAAAACAAACACAGCUCUGCCUGCUAGUGCAGCGUGUGUUCAGUGCAGCAGGUCGUAUUUUUACCCCAUUGAGGUCACGUAUCGGAGACCAGAACUUUGAAAAUCAACUUUUAUUGAAACUGAAUAAGUCUUUCCUUCAAAAUCAGCCAUAGACUUGCCAUAAAACAUAGUGCACUCAGUGAAACUCUGAUGACUAAUAAUUCGUUGAUAUUGUCAGAACUAGGAAAAACGUCCAUGUUUUGUAAAUAAAACUAUAAUAUAUACUGGCUAUGUUGUAAUUGCUGUGUGUGAUCUCUCAUUAGAAAAACGUAUUUGCGUGUCAUUGGUAUUAAAUUGCAACUUUGAAAUCCCUUGUAGCCGUAGACACCCAUCAUAAUCCCCCAGUAGUGCUUAAUUAAAAUUUAAUAAAAAAUUGAAAAUCCCAAGAGGCCUGAAGGUAAAAUUGCGGUAUGUAACUAUCGUAUUGUUGGUGGUCUAUUAGUCUAAUCCAGAGUAUCAUUCCUCGAUAUACUCUAUACAGUAC